CAAAUAACCCUGACACUUUGCGGCGUUUUACUCGAGCACUAAGCACAAACGCGCUUUUGACUUUCGUUUCUUCUUCACGCGCCGUACAAAGUCAAAAACUCACUCUUCAGCCUCUCUCUUGUUCAGUUUUCAACUCCUCGCUCUCUCGUAUAUAUAUAAGCCCUAAAGCGGCAAAUUCAAUUCAAAUAAUAACCAAAACAAACUCAAGAGUUAAGAGUUAACUGAACACUGAAGAGCAGAGCUAAACCAAAGCAGAAUCGUACCGUACUGAAUUGAAUUGAAUUGAACCGGGUUGGUUUGCUGUUUCUAUAUUUGGUUUAGUGAUGGAUCAGGGACCGUCGUCGUCAAAGUACAAAGGCGUGAGGAAGAGGAAGUGGGGGAAGUGGGUUUCGGAGAUCAGACUUCCCAACAGCAGAGAGCGUAUCUGGUUGGGAUCUUACGACUCUCCCGAGAAGGCGGCGCGCGCCUUCGACGCCGCUCUUUACUGCCUCCGAGGAAGCGGCACCAAGUUCAAUUUCCCGGAUAAUCCUCCGGCGAUCAGCGGCGGAGGGAACAUGUCGCGAUCGGAGAUCCGAGACGCCGCCGCGAGGUUCGCUAAUUCGGAAGAGAGUGUGGCGAGUGAGAUGGUGGUGCAGCAGCAAGAGUCUCCUUCGACGACGAUGGCGAUUGAUUCGGAGUUUUUGAGUAUGCUUCCGACGGUCGGGUCGGGUAAUUUUGCUUCGGAUUUCGGGUUGUUUCCCGGGUUCGAUGAUUUCGCGGACGAAUUUUUAGGUGAUCGUUUUGUAGAACAGGUUUCGCCUACGUGGAAUGGGGAUGAGAGUUGUUAUGAUGGCUCUGUGUCUCUUUGGAAUUUUUGAAGCUAGCAGAGAGAAUCUGCGAUUUUGUUUUUCCUUUUUUGGGAGGUAUGACGGGCCCCAUCAAAUUUGUUUCAUUUUGUAUCCACAACUUUAGUUUGGAUAUGUUUA